GCUGAACACCAAUAGGAAGACUCGUAAGGCCUUCCUGGUCAGCCCAGACUUAUAGCUUAGAGGACACCCAACUCGCAGUAUCUCCUAUUUACCGACAUCCUUUAUCGCUGUAUAUCAUAUCAUGAAUCCUGGAGAACAACUGGUGCCUUCUUGAGCGGCCAAACUGGCGAUGGAGGACGCCUCCGCAGGGCCUCCUCCGGUCGAUGACGGGGAGGUCCCUGCAGCGCCCGCGGACAGCAGCCCACUAGACGAUGCUCCCGCGUCUUCAGGCGCAGAGCCUGGGGACGGUGGCUAUGACGAGGGGGAACCACUAGAUAACGAGCAGGCAGGGCCUGCGGAUGUCGAGGGGCUCGAUGACGCGGGCGAGCCUGGUGCUGCACCUGAGGAUGGAGAGGAGGGCACCGGCGGGGAGGGUGAAGCAGGCGCGGGGGCGGAAGCGCCAGGCGAUGGCGAGUCCCCAGAAGCAGCGGCUGAAGCGGAGGCAGCUGCUGCAGCCCCGCCACCGCCGGUUGAAUUGGAGCCGCUACCAGAGGACUACGUGCCGGUCCGUGACCUGCCACCAAUCCCUGAACCUUUCGCGCGCAACGAGGAGGGCAAGCCGGUGCCACUCGAUGGCGUCGAGUCGUUGUUCCUUACAGGCACCACCAUUGAGCUUGUUGGUCUGAAGGAGCUGGGGGCUGCAAACGUCAUGGGCGAGGUGUCGCGGGAUGAGCUGCUUAAGGACAUUCAGUUCCGCGGCGCCAUCAGUGACUUCCAUGCCUACAAGGCAAAGAUCCAGGCCGCAGACUACGAGCCACUGCUCGUGCGGUUCAAUGAGGAUGACGUGUACGGCGACGGCAACAACUUCGAGCUGGCGGUAACGGCGGCGGCGGCGGCGGUGUGGCGCGGUAUUGGGGAGGAGGUGGCGCGGCGGGCGGCUCUGCUAGAGCUGGAGGCGGCGCAUGCGGCGGCAGAGAAGGCCAAGCCGCGGUCAAAGCGCGUGCGGAAGGUCAAGCCAUGGCAGAGCAUGGGAAGUGAGGUGGACAUAGAGGAGGCCUCGGUGCGGCCGCGGCGCGACCCCAUCCGCCUGGUGGUGCAGCGGCGGCGGCGAGAGUUCAACCAGCCCAACGCCAAGCUGGCGGACAAGGACGCGCACGAGCUCUGGAACAGCAGCCAAAUGGAGUGCCGCCCGUUCAAGGACCCCAAUUUCGACAUGCGGCGCAUGGAGCAGGACGUGGCGGUGCAGGCGGUGGCGCCGCUGCGGGACGCCGCCACGCAGAGCACGGGCACGGUGCCGCCGCGGCCGGCCGUGACGCAGACGGAGCCGCUGGACCUGCCUCCCGAGGCCAAGCAGGACCUGGUGCGGCGGCCGCGCAACGCGCCCGGCAGCGUGGCGGACUUCCUGGAGCGCGUGCGGGACCAGUGCGAGGUGGCGCUGGUGCAGAACGAGAUCACCAACAUCUUCCGCGACGACCUGUCCUCGCUCAACGACGAGGCGGACGGCGGCGGCGGCGGCAGCCGCAAGGAGACGCUGGUGUCGGAGGCGCAGUCCUUCACGCACCUCACCUACUCCAAAAACAAGGUGGUCUCCGCCAUUCAGUGGCUGCCGCACCGCAAGGGCGUGGUGGCGGUGGCAUGCACGGAGGCGCAGUCGCACGCGGAGCGCGUGGCCCGCAUGGGCCGCACCGCGCCCGCGCACAUCCUGCUGUGGAACUUCCGCGACCCCAUUCAUCCCGAGCUGGUGCUGCAGAGCCCCUGGGAGGUGUUCUCCUUCCAGUUCAACCCGCUACAGCCAGACCUGCUCACGGGCGGCUGCUACAACGGCCAGGUGGUGCUGUGGGACCUCAGCAGCGAGGCCGACCGGCUCAGCCGGAGAGCGGGCGGCGGCGCGGGAGCGGGCGCAGCCAAGAGCAGCGACGGCGCUGCCGCGGGCGCGGGCGGUAAAGGCGCGGACUCGACGCCGCCGUCUACGGCCCUGCCGGGCGGUGGCGGCGGCGGCGGUGGUGUUGACUCGACAUCGGGUUCCAGCGCGGACGGCGACGCGCACAUUCCGGUCAUCAAGCACCGAUUCAUGACGGACACGCAGUUCAGCCACCACCAAGUGGUGACCGACUUGCAGUGGCUGCCGGGCGUUGAGAUCAGCCACCGCGGCAAGGUCACCAAGCUGGGCGAGGGCUCCAAGGAGUGCAACUUCUUCGCAACCAUCGCUGCGGAUGGCAAGGUUUUGUUCUGGGACGUGCGCGUUGAGAAGCUGCUGAAGAAGGGCAAGAAGGCGGACGAGCUGCUGGACCUUGUGUGGAAGCCCAUCCACAGCGUGCACCUCAUCAGCCUCAUAGGCAUGGACCUGGGCGGCACCAAGCUGGCCUUCGAUUUCCGCAAGCUGGAGCAGGGCAUGUUCUACGCCGGCUCCUUUGACGGCGAGCUGGUGUACGCCGAUUUCGUCAAGCCCGAGGGCGAGGAGAACCCUGACUACGCCAAGAGCUGCUUGCAGGCGCACGUGGGCCCGGUCAUUGCGCUGGAGCGGUCGCCGUUCUUCGACGACAUCGUGCUCACGUGCGGCGACUGGCAGUGGCAGAUCUGGCAGGAAGGGCAGUCCACGCCGCUGUUCCAGUCCGGCUACGCGCAGGACUACUACACGGCGGCCUGCUGGAGCCCCACCCGGCCCGCGGUGCUGUACCUGGCCGACCAGAGCGGCAGCCUGGAGGUGUGGGACCUGCUGGAUCGCUCCCACGAGCCCUCCAUCCGCGUCACGCUGGCCGCCACGCCCAUCAUGUCGCUGUCCUUCAACCCAAUGCCCACGUCCGCCUCCGCGGCGCAGCAGGCCGCGCAGCAGCUGCUCGCCGUCGGCGACGCAACAGGCGUGCUCCGCAUCAUGGAGCUGCCCCGCAACCUUCGGCGGCCCGUGCACAACGAGAAGAAGCUGAUGGGCACGUGGCUGGAGCGCCAGCAGGCGCGGCUCGCAGACGUCGGCGCGCGGCAGCCGGUGCGCACGUCGGCGCGCAAGGAGGCCGAGGAGCGCAAGAAGGAGGCGGAAUCCGCGGCGCUGGCAGAGGCGGCCGCGAAGGAGGCGGCCGCCAAGGACGCCGCGGCGGCAGCAGCAGCAGGCAUGCCGCUGCCCACGGCCAACGAGCGCAAGAAGGACAAGGGGCCGCCGCCGCCUGAGUUUGAUGAGAAGGCGGAGCAGGAGUACCUCAAGCUAGAGGCGAGGUUCAAGGCGCAGCUGGGGCUAAUGCCGGCCGAGGCCAACGGCGGACCGGGGCACUAAGGCUGGCUGCUUAUGGAAGGGCUGGGCGGAGAGGUGCGUGGCGCCCAGCGACGCUGUGGUAGUGUGAAGCGUGCUUGAGGGCAGCCAGGCCGCAGCCACAGCUGGAUGCAUGCGCGGCGACAGCGGGACGAUGGAGGCGGUCCAGGCGGGUCAGCAGGGCCGUGUCUGAGGCGGGCGCAAGCUACGUGCGCGUGCGUGUAAGGCCUGGGGUUGGGCGUGCUUGGGCGCGUGCGAAUGCGGAAGCGGUGGGGAGAAUUUAGUGAGAAGCAAGUGUUGCUGGUGGACGAGGGAGGACUGUACCCUGUGUGGGGGCGGCAGCGUAUGGAAUGCUGCUGAAAGCGUGAUGGCACGCAGUGUAAGGCUGGGAGGUA